CUAUGGACGGAACUGUGGACAGAGUUGUGGAGGAGGGAUCCCCGCGUGGGUCUUCCCGGACAGACGCUGCUCUCAGCGGAGAGGAUGAGCGCCGUGACUCCGACCACAGCCGGGGAACUCACGAAACACAUCCUGACGACGAGCGCUCCUUGCCUCUUAGGGAAUUUUAUCCCUAUAUUCGCUGUGCCCUCUGCAAUGGAUUUUUCAUUGAUGCCACCACCAUCACAGAGUGUCUUCACACUUUUUGUAAGAGCUGCAUUGUCAAGCACUUUUUCUACAGCAACAGGUGUCCUAACUGCUCAAUUGUUGUGCACCAGACACAGCCACUCUACAGUAUCAGACCUGACAGGCAAUUACAAGACAUUGUUUUCAAGAUGGUCCCAUAUUUGGAAGAAGAUGAAAGGUCGCGAAUAUAUGCAUUUUAUAAACAGAGAGGGCUUGACGUUCCUAAGCCAGUGGCAUCUCCAGCUACAUACCCAGUGAAGCUGCCUCAGAGACAGAAGAAAGACAUGCUGCCUCAGUCUGUUUUUACUAUUCCCUCAGAGCUAGAUGUGUCUCUGAUGUUGGAGUUUGUGGGAGCUGAAAAGGGCAUUGAAAACUAUAAGCCCCUUGAGAGGAAGUAUGUGCGUGUGUCAGGGGAAGCCACUGUCCGUCAUGUGGAGCUUUUUAUCAGGAGGAAGAUGGAACUGAGUCAAAACUGCAAGGUUGAUGUUGUGUGUGGAGAGCAUCUUCUUCAGCAAUGCCAGUCUUUGAGAGAAGUUUUUAACACCAUGGGAAAACAUGCAUUGCAGGAUGGCAUGCUGGUUCUGCAUUUUGGACUCGUUCUACCUGCUCAGUAAAGAGGGAAGACACAGAAAGACCAGCUACUGUGGUUUUAUUUCAAGGGCUAAACUGAAUUUUAUCAUAACAGUUAUCCUAUGCAGUGAUCCUUUGUCUUCCUGGUUACCUUCUGCUCAAAAUGAUUAAAAAUAUGUCAGCAUUAUUUGAGCAAAUGCAUUAAGAAACAUAAGAGCUGAUUAGCUAUUUUCAGAAAAUACUGUUUGUUUGUUUGUUUGUUUGUUUGUUUGUUUGUUUGUUUGUUUGUUUGAUCGUUUGAUUGAUUUUUGGUUACAAUUUCCCUGACUGACUGUAAUACAUUUGCUAAGAUAAACAGAGAGCAAUUAAUUACA